AUGUUUCUCAUGUUCAUCACAUUGAUCCAUCUCAGAACACUUCCCAAUGCUGCUGCCAUUUUUAGCAUCUUUGGUGGAAAUGAGACUGAUCAUCUUGCACUGUUGGCUUUCAAGUCAAAGAUCAUUCGUGAUCCUCAGGGAGUAAUGAACUCCUGGAGCAACUCUCUCCAUUUCUGUGAAUGGGAAGGUGUUUCCUGUGGCCAUCGACACAGGAGAGUCACUGCCAUAGACCUUGAGUCCAGUGGCAUAGAAAUUCCAGCCAACCUCUCACACUCCUCCAGCCAGAUGUUCCUCGGUUUGGCUAACAAUGACCUUGUAGGCACAGUUCCCCGGGAGCUCAGUUUCCUGUCAAAGCUCAAGCAUCUUGUUAUUCAGAAGAACAAUUUAACAGGAGGGAUCCCAUCUUUCCUCGUGAACCUGACAGCUCUGGAGGUUAUAUCUGCAGCCCAAAAUGCUUUCGGUGGAAGUACCCCAGAUGAAUUGGGUCAACCGAGAAACACUAGUUAUUUUGCAUUGGGUGAGAACAACCUAUCUGGUUGGAAUAGUUUGUUCGGAUCCCUCCCUUCAGAGGUUGGCAACCUAAAGAAUUUGGCUGAACUGGAUAUCUCUGAGAAUAAAUUGUUUGGUAGAGUUCCAAGUACCGUUGGGAGCUGCACUAGUCUUCAAAACCUAUCCUUGGAGGGUAACUUCCUUCAAGGGUCUACUCCUGCAUCAUUGAGCUCCUUAAGAGCAACUGAUGGGUUUUCUUCAGAAAAUUUGAUUGGUGUGGGUGGUUUUGGAUCUGUGUACAAGGGAAUCCUUGAUCAAGAUGGAUCAGUUGUCGCUGUCAAAGUAUUUAACCUACAAUCUCAAGGAGCCUCAAAGAGUUUCUUGGCAGAGUGUGAAACCUUAAGAAAUAUUCAACAUAGGAAACUCAUAAAGAUCAUAACCGCUUGCUCAACUAUUGAUUUUCAAGGUGAGGAUUUUAAAGCUCUAGUGUAUGAGUUCAUGCCAAAUGGGAGUCUCAAGUAG